CGGGCUGCGUGGGGAGGUGGGGGAAUCACCGUCCGUGGAGGUGUUCUCCGGGAACCGCGGAGAAGUGGUGCUGAGGAACGUGGUCAGCGGGGACGGGCUGGGGUUGGACUGGAUGGUCUUAAGACAUCUCCAGUUUUAAUGGUUUUUGACUCCAGGGUAAGGCAGGUGGUUGCCUGCUCCCUUAGGGGAGAGGAGCUGGUGGAGAUUGGGCAGAGCUAAGGCAGGAACUUAGAAGAGGGGAGAAUAGGAAGGAAGGGAUAAGAGGAAGCAUGAAGUGUGCUGCACUGGUCGUCAUAAAGUUUUCUUGAACAGAGCACUUACUGCUGUGUAUUCUGGGUCUGGCGUUCGGCCUGCAUCAUGUUACAAGCUGUAGUUCUCCUGCAUUUGUUUUGGUAAAGGUUACAGAUGUGCCUGGGUGAUAGCAGUGCUGCUGUCCCAGAACCAGCCUGCUUGCAGCAAACAGUGCUGCGGUGUGACCUGGGAGAAGACUUUACAUACUUUAGUUGACAGCAGUUACAUUGCUGAACAUGCAGGAAAGCCAUAGCUUGAAGGAAGAGAAUCUGUGCUCUGACAUUAAAUCAGUGCUUUGAUGCUUUGAAAUGGAAAUUGAAUGAUGUGUGCUCAUUUCUUUAUGCCUUCCUUUAAAGGUAUAUACGUGUCAUAUUGGUAAAUACCAUGUUCAUCUAACAAAUGCGGUAUUUGUGUAAUCUCAGCUCUUCCUUUUUUCCACAAAAGCAGCUGGAAGCCAUUUGUGUUCAAGUUCAGCCAGGACAGAUGAAGGAAACAGAAAAGCCAGUGCCAUCCUUGGCACCAAUCCAGUCCAAAACUGUAAUGCUGAGUCAGUCUGUUGGUAGAAAUUCUAGCAUGCCAGGACUUGGCAUUAUUAAUCCCCAGAUAAUUAAGAUGCAGCCUGUUACAGGACCUGAGCAGCAGCAGCAGCAGCUUUUCCUGCAUAGUUCUUCUGAGUCUCCAAUUCAGUUGCUUAUGCAGAAACCUUUGCCGUCUCAUGGAUCAGUGCCUGUGAACAAGAUUCCUACAAGUAAGGUGCUAAACGGACAGAAAACUGCACGUGCCACAGUAUCACCUGCGAGGUCUUCAAAUAUUGCAGCCAGCUCAACAAACACUCUGAUGCCAUGCCUUGAAAAAAAACAGAAAGAUGACAAGCUAAAAAAGUCUUUGAAAGUGAAAACUCGUUCCGGACGGAUUUCACGCCCUCCAAAGUACAAGGCUAAAGAUUAUAAAUUCAUUAAAAUGGAGGAUUUGGCUGAUAGUCAUCAGUCUGAUUCCGACGACUACUCUGAGCUGAUUAUAGAAGAUGAUGAAGAGGGAAAGGUGAAGGGGAAGGAUGCAUUGUUCAAUUCUUCAAAUUAUAAUCUGAAACCCAAAAUGUUUAAGUGUCAGACUUGUGAAAAGUCCUAUAUAGGAAAAGGAGGAUUAGCAAGACAUUAUAAACUUAACCCUGGUCAUGGACAGCUGGAGUCUGUACCUCAAAAAACACCCUUAAAUAAACCUAAUGGAAGCAUAUCUGUGGACAAUCUCUGCGGAAUAGGAGAGGAAAUUAUGAGUCCAGUGCAUUUGAAUUCCAUUGCUGUCACUUUAAAUAAUCAAAACGCACUACCUACCAAUUUGGAAGAAACUGCUGGCUCACAGGUUGAACAGACUUGUAAGUCUGCAGAAAGCAGAAACCUGUUGGCAGAACAACAGAAUGAAAGCAGUUCAGGACAGCGGGGGCCCAUGACAGCAAAAGGACCUGGAAGACCCAGACGACCGAAGAGACGCGGUCGACCGAGGCUAAUACAACAAUGUGAUAAUGAAGAUUUGAUGGAGCUGGUUCUCCCACGUCUUACAGAGCUUGUUACAGUGUAUGAAUUCCUGUUGAUGAAGGUUGAAAAAGGUUGUCCAGCCAAAGCUUACUUCCCUAAUGUGUAUAGAGAAUUUGAAGAGUUACAUAAUAUGGUAAAGAAAAUGGCUUAUGAUUACCUCAGUAAUUCUGAUUUUCUGAGCUGCCAGCAGCCAAUUGAAAUAAAAGAUGCUAAGGUUGCCGAAUCUCUAGGAAUUACAGAAAUAACCUCUGGCGAACAAAAGAUGCACGGUGUAGACUCUUGUUCACAGUGUAUAAUUAAAAUGGUUAGUGAGCAAGUGCCUGUGGAGACACUGGGACAAAAACGGUUAGCUGAGAGCUCAGGGGAGGAACUGUUGCCAUCAGCCAAAAGGACCAAGUUAGAAGACGUAAUGGAGAAUGUGAAUAAUGCUUAUUCCAGUCAAGAUGAAGUGAAAGAAAAGAGUGGAAAUUUAUGUGCACUCUUUGAAAAAGAUGGUCUUAAUCCAUUAAAUGGAGAAAUCCUGCUUUCAGAAGACAGACAUGUCACUUGCUGCACAACUGGAAGCAUAUUACCUGCAGAGGAGGAACAUAAUUUACUUGUUGAUUCAGAAGUUAGAAUCAAUGCUGAAAAUUCAGGUACCUUCUCUCAGACUGUGGAAACGAGGAUCGAGUAUUCCCAACCUGUAGAUGGGCAGGGACCAGGUAUUUCGGCUGACACAUCUUUGCUACAUACUGAAAUUGUAUUGCCUGUAGAAGCGGGAGGUGCACCAGAAUUAGCUGAAGUACAUUUGGUGAGUCAAAACACAGCGGGAGGACCGUCAGCUGCUGAACCCUGCAACUCUGUCUCAGAGCAUGCAGUGGGCAUUCGGAACACUGACUUGGCAGUGAGUGAGGAAAAUGGUCUCAGUCAAAAAUGUCAGACACCGCAAGAAGAAAACCAGAAUUUUGCUGUGAAAGGACAAUCUGAACAACUUCAUGACGCUGGUAUGGCUGAGAUGCAGGAAAUGGAAAAAGCUUUUUCAACACAUGUGCCAAUAAAUUAUCCACACGGUGCUCAGGCUGAGUUGCACCAGAAUCCUGUUCAGGAAACCACCCUGUCUGCUGGUGUGAACCAUGACUGCGCUUAUAAUAACAUGAGUGAAUUUUCUUGUGGGACAGAGGAACAACACGAGCUGGAGAAUGCAGUUACUGUAGAUCAAACUGUAGCUUUUGAGAUUACUGAUGAGAGCCAUGACUUCUUGACUCAGGGACAUGAACAGAUUUUUAUUCAGACUUCUGAUGGGCUUAUUUUGUCUCAUCCCAAUGCUGCUGUUUUGUCUCAGGCAGAAGGUAUUGUUAUUGUAACUGAUUCUGAUGGUACUACAAUGCACAUCCGCACACCUGACGGGAUACCUUUGGAAACUGUGGAAGCACUACUGGCAAUGGAAGCAGAUGGCCAAAGCGAAGAUGUUCUGCUCUCACAGAGUGAAUUGGAGCCAUAAAUCAGAAUACUACACAGUCUUUCUUCUGGGAAAGACCGACUAUAUAAAAUGUAUAUUUUUCUAAUGUGAAUAGUGAGAUAACUGAAAUUUAACUUAUUUGUAAACUGUUUCUAUGCCCUAUACUUUUUAUAACUUAUGUUUAUAAAAAUCUAAAACAAUUGCAACCAAAAAUUCUGAAAUUAACAUUGUUCUCCUUGCUUUAUAUGUUGGGGGGGUGGGUAGAAAGUGGAAAUCUGGCAAUCCUAAAGCUGUUGCACUAUUCCCGUUUGUUAGGCAAUUCCUUUUCUCUCUAGACAUCUAAAAAUGCAGUAAGUUGUACUGCUUUUUGGCAGUGAUGUGCUGUGUACUGGCAAACUGUGUAUGGGUAAAAUAAAAGCUAUCUGAAAGUA